AAAAGAGGGAAACUAAGUGGAACGGAUAAAGGAAAGGCCGAAUCCCAGCGCUCCAGCCGCCGUGCAGGUAUGGAAAGCAGAGGUCAAAAUCUCCAGUUAAGCCGCAGCCCGCGGCUCCUUUUAAGGGGGAGUGGGCGGAGCCCUGACUUUAACCCCGCCCAGGACUGAGGGGACUCGCGGCCAAUGAGAGGGCGGUCCGGGGUGGAGCGACCUGCGAGCGACGUGACGCCAUCACGCUCCGGUCGGCGCUCCGCAGGGCGUGCGCCGGAACAGUGGACUCUGUAGGUGACCGACGCCGCGCUUCGCAAUAGAAGUGGGGUGGAUUUUGGAGACCGAAGCACCGCGUCGUGGGAGCCCUCCAGGUGACCAAAGCCACACAAUGUCAAUAGCUCGUUCAUCUGUCCAUGCCAAAUGGGUCGUGGGGAAGGUGAUUGGGACAGCAAUGCAAAAAACUGCUAAAGUGAGAGUGACCAGACUUGUUCUGGAUCCCUAUUUAUUAAAGUAUUUUAAUAAGCGAAAAACCUACUUUGCCCAUGAUGCUCUCCAGCAGUGCACCGUUGGAGACAUUGUGCUUCUCAAAGCUCUACCUGUCCCGAAAACAAAGCACGUGAAGCAUGAACUGGCUGAGAUAAUUUUCAAAGUUGGACAAGUCAUAGAUCCAGUGACCGGAAAGCGCUGUGCGGGAACCACCUACCUGGAGAGUCCAGUCAGUCUGGAAACCACCCACCUAAGCAAAAACCUGGAAAAACUCGAUCUCUCUUCAACACAGUGAAGGAGGAUUGGAAAACGGAGCCAAAAGGGAAGGAUUUCUAAGUUUGCUUUAUGGAAAAAUUUUUAUAAGUUUCCUCACAAACCGUCCAGUUUCUCUUCUGGUAUUUAUGAACUAGCUAAAAGUAAAUGAAGUAAAGGCCUUGUUAUAAUUUUUCAUAAAGUUUUACAGUCAUGUUUCAAAUUUCCUUCUCAGCGAACAUACUUUCCUGUUACACUAAGUGUGCCUAGCAGUGCGCUAUAUUGUUUGUAAGCUCACUGUUUUAGAAGGUGUUUUUUUGUUUUUGUUUUCAUUCAAAGGAAUCUGGAAUUUAUCUUAGAACUUUUAUUUUGGGAGAAGAAAACCUUUUGGUAUCAUAAACAGAUAAGACCACAUCAAGUGCAUAUUUAUUUUUGAUACUAUAUAUUUGAAACUAAGUUUUUCUCUGAUUUAGCCAAUUCCAAAUGGAAACAAUUAACAUGCUGGGGUCAGAUUUUAUCAGAUUAAAGUCUGUAUUAAUAAGCAUGUUGACACGCAGAAAAUAAAACUAAAAUUCUGUCACUUUUCUCC